GUGACAUCAAACAUGGCCGCUGGGUGCCCCUUGGCACUGCCGACGCUCCUCUUCUUUGUGCCGGUUCUGCUGUGGCUGGUAGAUCCUACAUUGGGAUAUAAACCAGUUAUCAUGGUCCAUGGACUUUUUGACAGUUCUGCGAGCUUCAAGGAACUGGUGAAAUACAUCAAUGAGUCUCACCCAGGUACUAAUAUUUCGGUUAUAGACCUGUUUGAUCACAAAGCGAGUUUACAGCCACUCUGGAAGCAGGUGAUGGGCUUCAGGGAGGCCAUCUAUCCUAUCAUGCAGAAUGCUGGCAGUGAAGGGGUGCACCUGCUCUGCUAUUCUCAAGGAGGAUUAAUCUGCCGGGUCUCUUGGAGACCAUUCCAGAUCACAAUGUGGACACAUUCAUUUCCUUGUCUUCACCUCAGAUGGGACAGUACGGAGACACAGAUUAUCUUCGGUAUCUGUUCCCUACCUAUGUGAAAGCCAAUUUGUACAGAUUCUGCUACACACUGUAUGGCCAGACUUACUCCAUCUGCAAUUUUUGGAAUGAUCCUCAUCAUCAUGACAUGUAUAUUAAUGUCAGUGAUUUCCUGGCACCUAUAAAUUCUGAAAGACCGGAACCGAACACUACAGAGUGGAGGGAAAACUUUCUACGUCUCAAAAGGCUGGUUCUCAUAGGAGGUCCUAACGAUGGUGUCAUUACUCCAUGGGAAUCCAGCCACUUUGCAUUCUAUGAUGAAAAUGAGAAGGUGGUAGAGAUGCAACAACAGCAGGUGUAUGAGGAGGAUACAUUUGGUCUUCGCACUCUGAAUAAACGAGGAGGAAUCGCAAUUUACUCUAUUCCAGGAGUCAUUCACACAAUGUGGCACUCCAACAAGACCGUCUAUAAGGAGUGCAUCGAGAAGUGGCUCACGUAA